CGUGCCUGUCUCUCGUAUACGUUUUCUUCCGCUUUGAUAGGAGCUGUGCGGAGUUAAAAACAACCUUAACGCGGGGAACAUUUAGACUUUCGUACGACGACGGGCCAAUGGUGGGGGAAACCGGCUGGAAGUCAACCUUCCAAAAGUUGGUACAACUUGAUCAUAAUCCACAUUGUACAAAGAUGUCAACAUUCGAUCUUGGCUUGGCGAAUAGACUUCACGAUGGCACUGGUCGCUCAGAAUUCUCCUCUGUCAAAAGGAACAAAACCCGCUCUCUGACAGCACAACAAGGAACCCCGGAAGAUGAUACUAUCCGACUAUAUGCUCUCAAUCAACCAGCUAACGACGGCGAUGAAAUCGCCGAAAAUCAAUCGCCAGCAGAACUUGCAGAUCCCGUCACGAGCGAAGGUGGAUUAUGGGGUUGGAUAGUAGUAGCAGGUAGUACGACAAUAUUCUUUGUCGUAUUAGGACUCGUUUAUAGUUUCGGAGUGAUGCAAUCAGAAUUGCUUCGAAGGAAUUAUGCAUCAUCUUCUACUUUAGGUUGGGUAUCCAGCACAACUGUGGUAUUCAUGCCCCUUCUAGCUAUUCCAGUUACGGCUUCCAUCAAAUUGACAUCAAACAGAACGAUUGCUUUGUUGGGAGCUUUGUGUACCGGUUUUGGAUAUUUGGCAACUUCCUUCACGUUUGAUAAACCGGUCGUAUAUCUGUUCUUAGCUCAAAGCUUGUUCGGGAUGGGUUAUGCGCUCACUUUCUGGAGCUGUAACAGUCUAGCUGGUCAAUACUUCGUACGCAAACGAGGAGUGGCAGUCGGAAUCGUCUACGCAGGCUCUGGCGUUGGAGGAGCCGUUUUCUCAAUCAUACUCUCUCGGCUGAUCACGAUCGUAGGCUUGGAAGUGGCGGUACGUAUCUAUGGCGGGAUUGCACUGGGCUUACUGAUUCCGGCAAGCUUCACCCUUCGUUCAAAUAAAGAAGUACCCGUUGCUUCUUUUCGAUUGACGUACUUCAAAGAUCUCAACUUCAAUUUGUUGAUCCUUGCAACUGCAUUAAUGACUUUCAGUCUUUUCGUGCCAGCUUUCUUCCUACCUUCUUAUGCCGUCGCAGCCGGAAUGUCUGCAGAAACGGGCGCUUGGCUUGUGGCCGGUUUCAACUUAGCAUCAGCUGUCGGUCGUAUCUUCUUUGGCUUUUUGGCUGAUGGAAGGGUUGGUCCAUUGACAAGUUUAUGUUUAGCAAUGUUAUUGAUGGCAAUUUCAAUUUUAUCAAUUUGGAUGGCUUCCGGUGGAUUGUUGGCUCCUUUGAUUUGCUUCUUGUUGAUCAAUGGAGCAGCAAGUGGUGCUUUGUUAAGCCUUCAACCUCCCGUUCUUUCUUCUCUGUAUGGCGUCUCGGCAAUGUCUGUCACAAUGGCAAUGGUAACUAUGUCAAGAAGUCUUGGAUCUGCUUUAGGUCCUGCGAUUGCAGGCUACCUAUUGGACGUCUCAAGUGGCGGAGCAAGAGCGGCAGAAGAGGCAAGAAAGGCGGCGGAAACAUAUGGACGUGGAGCAGGACUGGGCACGAAACCUUAUUUGUUGCCAUUAGGCGUAAUGGGAGCAAUCAGCAUGAUCGCCGCCCUUUGUUUGACGAUACUACGCUGGCGAUUGGCAGGUUUAGAUUUGAAGAAGCGUGUGUAACUCUCAUGUAUCAUAAAUCAGUUUCGGAUUCAAUGCAAAAAAGCUAGGUAUAUUAUAGCAACUGUAUCGUAAACAAAAAAGGUUGUGCAUAAAGAUAGUGGUAUACUUGAAACGAA